AUGGCUGAAAUCACCCACCCGAUGAUCAAGGAUGGAUGGUUCCAAGAAGUCAACGACAUGUGGCCGGGCCAGGCCAUGGCCCUCGCGGUCGAGAAAGUCCUCCACCACGAGAAGAGCCAGUAUCAGGAUGUGCUCCUGUUCAAAUCCAAGAACUACGGCACUGUCCUGGUUCUUGACAAUGUGAUCCAGUGCACCGAGAGGGACGAGUUCGCCUACCAGGAAAUGAUCACCCACUUGGCCAUGAACGCCCACCCGAACCCCGAGAAAGUCCUGGUCAUCGGAGGCGGCGACGGCGGCGUCCUCCGGGAAGUCGUCAAACACAAGUGCGUCAAGGAGGCCACGCUCUGCGACAUCGAUGAAGCGGUCAUCCGGCUCUCCAAGGAAUACCUCCCGGGAAUGGCGGUGGGUUUCGAAGACCCCCGCGUCACCGUCCACAUCGGCGACGGCUUUAAAUUCCUGGCGGACCGAAAGAACGAAUUCGACAUCAUCAUCACCGACUCCAGCGAUCCCGAUGGGCCGGCCCAGGUUUUGUUCGAGAAGCCCUAUUUCCAGCUGCUGAACGACUCGCUCAAGGAAGGCGGCGUCAUUACGACCCAAGCGGAGAACCAAUGGCUCCACCUCGAGCUCAUCCGACGCCUCAAGGCCGAUUGCAAGCAGGUGUUCCCCGUUGUGGAGUAUGCCUACACGACCAUUCCGACAUACCCAUCGGGACAGAUUGGAUUCAUGGUCUGCUGCAAGGACGCGUCGAGGGACGUCAAGAAGCCAGUGAGGAGCUGGACGACGGAGGAAGAGGAGGAGAUCUGCAGGUACUACAGUCGGGAGAUCCACGAGGCGUCGUUCGUCCUUCCGACCUUUGCCCGGAAGGUGCUGAAAUAG